UCCAAUUCCCUAUCUAAAAUGAGCGGUUGCGCUGUGAAGAAGCCAGAGCUAGUUUAAAAAAACAGUUCUGAAAUCCAGAACUCACUUUAUUUUCAGUACCUGUUAAUUGACACACGUUCAAGGGGUUUUGAACAGCCUAACUAAUGGUACAUUUUUAACUGUUCAAGCUAAGCUGCUACGUGAUAAAUCGCUUGUGAAAUAUACCCCCCCUGUGUCUAGCCAGCUAAUGUUGUUAGCUAACGUUGAUAACGAGCUACAUAAUAUAUUUCACUCGUAGCGCAUUCAAGCUCAGAAAACACCUACCAACGAAUUGUCUGCCUGCUACGAAAAAUGUCCGUUGUUUUCGUACCGAGAAGGCAACGUGGGAAGGCCGAAAUUAACCAGGAAAUUAUUCAACGGUUGCUUGACGAAAACGAUCAGCUGGUGAGAUGCAUUGCGGAAUACAUGCAGCGGGGACGCGCGACAGAAUGUGUCCAGUAUCAACAGAUUUUACACCGGAAUAUUGUGUACCUCGGGACCAUAGCCGACGCCAGUCCUGACACCCCUCCCACCACAGAGGCUCCACAAGAAAAUGGGGAAUGACCAGCACACAAGUGUCAGUGAUGGGGGGCAUAUUUUGUAUUUGCAUCCAUACAAAUGUAUGAGUUAAUGUUUUGUUUCCUGCACUUUGAACUUUCUGUGCAAACGAUUGUGACAUUAUUUAUAAUAAAUGUCUAUUUUUUACAUGUGG